AUGCCCCUCAAAUGGACAGACGCAGUUCUAGAUGGCCUACAGAGUGUGGUUUCCGCCUUCAACCCAGCCAACCUCAUAUCCGAUCCUGAACACAAAUCCGAACCGGGCGCGCAACCUGGCAGUGUACCAGACAACCACAACCACAUUCGCAUUCCCAGCCAGAGGAUCCACGACCGCGCACCUCCUGUUGUCGCCUCUCAUGCAUCCAUUACCCGGUCAUUCAAUUCUCGGGUCCAGAUGCCCCGCAGUCGUUCCAGUCCCAGACAACGCAAGCCCAGCAACGUCAAAGGCUUCCUGAGCCUACAUGACAAUGCUGAAUGUGAUCCAAUCGUAUUAAAUAGUGAUGAAGAAGACAAUCAUCCCCAUCCUCCUCCCUCCAGGAAACCCUCCACCCAAACUUUUGACUACUCACGCUCACACCCGCAUACGGUCUUGACCAGAGCACCGCGAGAAGAGUCCAAGUUGAUGGCCACAGUGUCUACCCGUGAACCUGACGCGACAACCAUCCCAGAUCCCAUGAUGACGAGAAAAUCAUCUUUUGUGACCGGUGGGCACCGGCCGAUCAAUACCUUAGACCAACCGACGACGAACAAUUCGAGAGCAGAGUUUGAAAGUGUCAUGAGGCAGGCCCCGCGCGAAGGACAACUUCAGUACUCCAUAAGUAGUCCCAAGGUCAACCCUGGACCUCGCGCCAAUGAUCACGACAUCCCGAACAAGAGACUGAAGGUGGCCCACCCUAGCAAGCCCGGGGCAUCCCCCGGGUCCGCCAUAAGGGUGGAUAAUAAUAGCCAAAGCAAUAUUGAUGACUCUCCUGAUGAACUACAACUGAGUCCACCAUCAGAUCCCAGGCCGAGGAAACCCGCAUUGUCGCAGAAGCAGCACCCCGAAGCGGUCCGAAAUGGCCUUGUGGUGGGGAACAAACAAGUCGUUUCCGUUGAUCUAUCGAGAUUAUCAAGACAUACCUCCCCCUCGCCAGAACAUGAAGACAGGUUUACCAAGAAUUCUGCAAAGCGGAGAAAACAGGAGAAAGAUCAUUUACUCAGCAGCUCAUCCCCUGUUCAGCCUCCCUUCAAGCGUGCCUCAAGGCAGAUCAUGUCUCCCUAUUUUGGUCUAUCAACGAAAGUACCAGAACCGCAACCUAAAAUCAAGAACCAAUCCGAGACGCGAAUGGAAACACGUAUCAAGGGUGUACAAAUUGGCACUUCUUCGUCAUCGGCCAGGCCACGACAGCAACUGCGAGGUUCAAAAUUGACCAAUGCCCUCCUUGCGGGUAAUUUCAUUACAUUCCCCCUUUCAGAGGUGGUCUGUUCCAAACUUGACAAUUCCAAUGCAUUUGUCAUUCACUCUACGCCUGAGUCGAGAGAGUUUGACAUCAGAUUUCAGAACCCUUCCCUAUCUGAUGAUUCGAUAUUGGCUCCAUUUUCAAUCACCAAGAUAAUCAAAUUUUUCCACGAUGACAACAGCAGCGUCAUCAUUCGGUACCCACAGACCGCUGACGGUAGUGAAGACCUCCAUCUUAAAUUUGAGUCUCGUGAAGGAGCAGCAGAGUUCCGAAGAUUUGUGCAAAAAGCUAAUUUACAGUUGAAGAUGCUGCAAAAGGAUGAGGAGUGGAUGAAUAAGGCACUCGAAAUUGCGAAGAAACAAUCGGCCGGCCGGUCUGUGCACUUGGAGAACCCAGGUCCAAAAGAUGACCUUCCGAUAACGAGCCAACUGCGUGCCUCCACAAAUCAGAAAGCAGGGAGAAGUCACCGUAUGGUUGAUCUUCUCGAUGCACCCACGAAAGAGGUUCGACCGCCAACUGUUAUUUCUGGAUCAGAGCGUGCUUCUGGCAGACCGCCAGCUGCCACAGCUGACGUCCAGCGAGCCCAGCAAGAACAGAGAGCACAAAGACGUACUACCCGGACCAAGGUGGAGGACCCCGAGCGUGACGGGUUGCAAAGACAGACGGGAUACCGUCAGCAUGGGCCAGAUGUGGAUGAUUCUCGAGAUUACGCUGAUCCUGAACCUCAACUAGCCGCGACUGGUAUAUUAGGACCGCGAUGGUCACGAGAUCUCGUUUAUCCAAAACCUGGAAAGCGGUCUGCGACCGUUCCUUUUGAAGAUCUCGAUCGUCUCGGUGAGGAUGAGUUCUUAAAUGAUAACCUAAUAUCAUUUUUCAUGCAAUAUCUUGAGACUUUCAUGGAACAGCACAACCCGGAGCUGCACAAAAGAACUCAUUUCUUCAACACAUACUUUUUCGAACGUUUGACGCAAAAUGCAAAAGCAAGAAGUAUCGACUUUGCUGCCGUUAGUCGCUGGACAAAAGCUAUCAAUAUUUUCAACCGAGAUUUCGUUGUGGUGCCUGUCAAUGAAAAUCUGCAUUGGUAUCUCGCGAUUAUUUGUAACCUGCCAUAUCUGAGCGAUCCACCGAAAGAAGAGAAUGGGAUUCAGGUCGACACGACUUCAGAAAUUGGAAUUCAGCGCCAAGAUGAAACUCACACAGACAAACCACAAAUCAUCUCAGAUGUGAUGACGGAGUGGGACGAGAGCAACAUGGCACCUACAACAGAGACGCAAAACUCAUUUGCUGAACUCAGUCUUAAUGACAGUGAAUUGAAUCAGAUUGAGAAGCCUCCAUUCCAGAAGAAAUCCCUCAACAAACGCAAGCAGCCACGCCGGUCGUUACCUAAAUACGCACUUGACAAGCCAAUCAUUAUUACGCUCGAUUCACUUGGGAUGCCACGCUCAGGAACAUGCGCUAUCCUCAAGAGUUACAUUAAAGCCGAAGCCAAAGACAAGCAAAAUCUUGACAUUGAAGACGCUGCGAUAAAAGGGAUGACUGCUAAGGGCAUUCCCACGCAGAGGAAUUACAGUGACUGUGGUCUCUAUCUCUGCAUGUAUCUGGAACAGUUCAUUGCAGACCCUGAUAAUUUCGUCGCCAGGAUACUUCAGAGGGAAGAAAGUACUCAACUGUGGCCAGACCACAUUCGAAGUGAAGACCUGAGGACCCGGUUAAGGGAUUUGAUUCUUGAACUUCAUAGGCGGCAAGAAGAAGAAACAUCAUCCUAUGACAUCCCAGAUGUUGGUAGCAUCAUGCUCGGGGAACGGACCAAAUCAGCUCUAUCGGACACGGGUGAUCUCCCCACAAGCAAGGAAGAUGUGCAGCAAGCAGAACAAGGAUUUGACGAGUUUAGACAGGUUCCCGAACACCCACACACAUCACGUACUGUCGAUUCCUUUCCAGAUCAACGACAGGAAACUAGAGAUCGAAUGACGUCUCGACGCCUAACCAGACAUAACGAGACGGUUGACAAGGCUGAUGAGAACAGUUCUCAGCCACCCUCUUCACCACGAUUUUCGCGGAGACAGCAGGCUACCAGGCAACGUGGUGAAGCUGACAUUCCUUCCGCUAAAACCAAAAGUCCGGCUCCAGCUCGCAAGACAGAAGGCUUGACUUCGGCAAGAUUUUUACACAACUCACCUGCUAGCCUUGUUGCCGACCUGAGGCAACAAGAUGAGGAGCACGAAAAUACAAAACGCCAACCUCGCAGCCAAUUUAACGUAAACAGCGACAAUGGGCAUAAACGAUCGGAUAGCACAUUUACAGAAUACUUGUCUGGAUUGGCAAGUUAUGCGCCCUCGGCCAGGGAUGAGGCCUUGGCAAGUUAUGCAGCCUUAGCCCAGUUUGCUGCACCGGCAUGCAGACGGAGCCCAAAUAAGUCGAACAAACGCGAAGAGAAUACUGCAGUGAAGGUCAAAGCGGAUUCAGGCUCCCACUUCUCCCCGGUGAGCGAUGGGUCUCUCUCGCAUGGUCAAAUUGAUCGGAAAAGAAAACGAAAUGCAGGUCGAACUGCCGUCGAGAUCGGUCCAAUCGUCGACGACAGGGAGAUACCUGAGACGCAGCAACUAGAACCCAGUCAAAGUGAAGAAUUUCCUAACACGAAUUCGACAAGUGAUGAGCUCACACCAAGACGAGGAAAAGUCACUCCAAGCCUUAAGCAAGCCCACCCACCGAUUGAAGUUGAGGACUCGGAGGCCGAAGAUGAAGAUUUGGACGGGCAAAUGCUUCUCUAA